AUGUCUGAGCCCAUCAGGAAUAAGAAGCCCGAAUUCCCGGUCGCUCCGACCCCGCAAAACACACCGGCCAACAAUGCCCCCAUCUCAUCCCACGCUCAGCAGCCUGGUGUCUCCAGCAUCAAGGAAGAACCCUUGGAUAGCGCGACUGCCGCCUCCCUCUUCGCCCGGAACCCGGCUUUGAUCAACAUGAUCCAGGGCAAGCUUGGCCAGCUCGUCGGCCGCUCAUCCGGCUACAUCGAGUCUCUUCCUCCGGUCGUCCGCCGCCGUGUGGCCGGUCUGAAGGGUAUCCAGAAGGAGCACGCCAAGCUGGAGGCUCAGUUCCAGGAGGAGGUCCUCGAGCUCGAGAAGAAGUACUUUGGCAAAUUCACCCCCCUGUACGAGCGCCGUGCCACUAUCGUGAACGGUGGUGUCGAGCCUACCGAGGAGGAGGUUGAGGCCGGAAAGGAGGAUGAAGAGGAGGACGAGGAGGAGGAGACCAAGGAGGCUGAGGAGACCAAGGAGGAGGAGGGUGAGCCCACAAACGGUAUCCCCGAGUUCUGGCUCUCUGCCAUGAAGAACCAGAUCUCGCUCGCCGAGAUGAUCACCGAACGCGACGAGGAGGCCCUCAAGCAGCUCACCGACAUUCGCAUGGAGUACCUCGACCGACCUGGAUUCCGCCUCAUCUUCGAGUUCGCCGAGAACGAGUUCUUCACCAACAAGACCAUCACCAAGUCCUACUACUACAAGGAUGAGAACGGCUACGGUGGCGAUUUCAUCUACGACCACGCCGAAGGCUCCAAGAUCGACUGGAAGGACGAGAAGGACCUGACUCUCCGCCUGGAGAGCAAGAAGCAGCGCAACAAGAACACCAAGCAAACCCGCGUUGUCAAGAUCAGCGUGCCCACCGAGUCCUUCUUCAACUUCUUCUCCCCCCCUCAACCACCUGUCGAUGAUGACGAGUCUGUUGCUAGCGACAUCGAGGAGCGCCUGGAGCUGGACUACCAGCUGGGUGAGGAUAUCAAGGAGAAGCUGAUUCCCCGUGCCAUCGACUGGUUCACCGGCGAGGCUCUGCAGUUCGAGGAGCUGGGUGAGGACAUUGACCCCGAUGAGUUUGAGGAUGAGGACGACUCGGAUGAGGAUGAGGACGAUGAUGAGGAUGAGCGGGGUUCGGACCGGGACGUUGACGAUGACUCGGAUGAAGAGGAUGGUACCUCCAAGCCCAAGAAGGAGGCCGCCGAGUGCAAGCAAAACUAG